CAAAAGUAAAAAUGAAAAGUCAGCAAAUCUUCCAUGGUCGAAGAAGCCACCGCAGCGCCAUUUCCAUAGAAUCAAAGAACUACCAACGAGAAGAAGAAGAAGAAGAAGAAGAAUUGAACCCCAGAAUCAAGAAUCGAAGAACAGAAUCAAUAACGACAACCCAAAAUUUAAACUAAGUUUCACAGAAUAACCGAUACCAAAAGAAAAUAUGCAUUCUUUUGGUUAUCGAGCCAAUGCUUUGGCUACUUUCGCCGUCACUAUUCUCGUAAUUAUGUGCGCCAUGGCUUCCUUCUCCGAUACCUUCAACACUCCCUCUCCCACCGCUAGAGUUGAGGUAUUGAACAUCAACUGGUUUCAGAAACAGCUUCAUGGAAAUGACGAGGUCAGCAUGACAUUAAAUAUCUCGGCAGACUUGCAGUCACUAUUUACAUGGAACACAAAGCAGGUUUUUGUUUUUGUAGCUGCUGAGUAUGAGACUCCUAAGAAUUCCUUGAACCAGAUCUCACUGUGGGAUGGUAUAAUACCUUCCAAAGAAAACGCCAAGUUUUCAAUUCACACUUCAAACAAAUACCGUUUCAUCGACCAGGGAAGCAAUCUCAAAGGUAAAGAAUUCAACUUGACAUUGCAUUGGCAUGUAAUGCCAAAGACCGGUAAAAUGUUCGCCGAUAAGAUAGUGAUGACCGGAUAUCGCUUACCGGAGGACUAUCGAUGAAGAUGCGGUGAAUAUGGUAUUUAAAAACUUACUUUUCCAUAUCUGAGGAUACAGAAAGUUCAGUUCAGCUGAGUAAGAAAUUUACGGACAGGAGAAAAGAAUUUCCUUUAUGAGAUUGAUAGAAAGUGAGUUUUGGUUGGAGUUUUUGAUUCAUUCUUCUUUCAUUUACAAUUGCCCCCACCCCCAUUAACUUUGGCCUAGCCCUUUGAGUUUAUUAAUGCAUCUGAAAUCCAGUAGAGCUGAUAUAACAUGAA